GUCUCGAUGGAUAAACUGUGAUGGAAAGACCUGUGUCUUUGAAGAAGCAAGAAGAGAACAUGAUGUAUCAGAGCUUUGAGAACACAGUGUUCAGAGGAGAAGCAGAUGAUGAAGAUCUCCGGCUGCUGCUGAUCGGUAAAACCGGAUCCGGGAAAAGCGCCACAGGAAACCUCAUCUUUAAUGAUCGGGUGUUUGAGUCAGAAAAGAGCUCUUCAUCAGUGACCAGAGUCUGUAAAUCACACACUGGAUCUGUUCAUAACAGGAGCGUGACAGUGAUCGAUACUCCAGACUUCAGAUUCUCCACUCACACUGACUUUGAUUCAGACUCGGAGCUGAAGAGAGCUCUUGAAUUAUGUUCAGCAGGAGCUCAUGUCAUCCUGCUCUUUCUGCCUUUAAGCACUUUCACUGAGCAGGAGAUGGAGUUCAUCAGCUGGUUUGAGCAGAAGUUUGGAGCAGAAGCUCUCAGAUUUACUCUAGUGCUCUUCACUCACGCAGAUCAGAGACACAUGAGAUCACUAGGAGAGAUGAUCAGGGCAAAUCCUCAGUUAUCUGCUUUUAUUGUGCGAUGCGGUCAGAGAUAUCAUGAGUUUAACAUUAAAGCUCCAGCAAACAGACGGCAGGUGACUGAACUCAUAGAGAAGAUCGACAGACUGGUGUCUGAGAACAGACACUCCUGUUACACACUAGAGAUGAUGCUGGAGACGGAGAGGAGAAGAGCGGAGGAGAAGAGAGCAGAGGAGGAGAGGAGAGAGAGAGAACAUCAGAUGGCAUUAGACAAAGUCAAAAGAGAGACAGAGAUGCGAGUAAGGAAACAAUAUGAACAGGAGAUAGUGGAGAAAGAGAGGAGAGAAGAAGAGGAGAGGAGAGAGAGAGAGAGACGAGAGACAGAAAUGCCUGUAAGUGAAUAUGAGGAUCGAUGUGAAGAGAGAAGAGGCAGUGGGGUCAAACACUUUGUAACUCAGUAUAAGUACAUCAUUCUGGCUUUAGUUGUGGGUGCAAUGAUUUUAUUAAUAAUCAUUCUUGCAGUAAAACUUUCAUCCUGAACUCAACCUUUAAGGGAUAGUUCUCUCAAAUAUGAAAAGUUGCUGACAUUUUAGCUGAAACCGUGGUCCUGCUUCAUA